UUUAUCAUUCAGUCGAUCCAAUCUCAAAAUGAUUUUGAUUUCGAAGCUCCACCGCCAUCGCUACCGCCACCGCCACCACCAUCGGCCUCUGCAUCUGCAUCGUCUACUAACCAUCUGCAGGAUUUCGAUUUCAAUCCAAUCUCAGUGCAACAACUUAUUGCAGAGCUUAAUGAAAUCCUCGCCCAUGAUACUGUGGAUGAGGCUGGUACUUGGAAGAAAAAACUUAGAAGCCAAUCUCAGCAGCUUUUUGAUUUUUUACCCCAAGCAAUUCAGGAACAACUACUCCUCGAAAGAGGUCCGCAUGGGAAUGUACAGGUUGCCAGGAUAGAAACAGAAAAAAUGCUUAUUCAAAUGGUGGAAACUGAAUUGGAGAGCAGAAAGACAGCUGGUGCAUAUAAGCAUCAGUUCCAAGGGCAAUCCCACUUUUUUGGUUAUGAGGGUAGAUGUGGUUUGCCUUCAAAUUUUGACUCCAAUUACUGCUAUUCAUUGGGUUAUGCUGCCGGGGCUCUCCUCCAUUCUGGAAAGACCGGACUGAUUUCCUCAGUGGGAAAUUUGAAUGCUCCAGUUGAAGAAUGGACAAUGGGUGGCACAGCAUUAACUUCCUUGAUGGAUGUGGAGAGAAGACACGGAAAAUUUAAACCAGUGAUUAAGAAAGCAAUGGUGGAACUUGAAGGUAAGAAGGGAAGUACUGGAUCAGAUGUAAGAUUGUUCCCGGUCCUUUCCAACCCUGGACAAAACCACCCUUCCAGAGAGGAAACUCGGGUUUUUACCUUUGCCAUUACAGACAUGGAAGUCAAUGUUUGGAUGCAGGCGGUACCUAUUUCAACUCGAGGAUGAACUUGGUCCAUAAUUACUGCCACGUCAGGAUCGGUUUGACCCGAUAGUAGAUUCAAACACAAUCCGUAAUGAUCUUGUUCCUCACAUGGUUUAUGGGAGGAACGUGAGGGAUCAAGAGUUUGGAGGGAUGUAUUGUGCAAUAUUAUCAGUCAAGGAUGAAUCACUGCUAUGUCAAGGACUUGCACUGAAUGAUGACUUUCAGUGACUACUAGCCAAACAUGAAUACAUCACCUCAGGAAUUUCUGCGAAAACAGAGAAACCGAAGCUCAGACCUGUUCAAGCAUUGGUGAAUCUAGAUGCUCCUCUAAUUUUUAUUCUUUGCAAUAUUUGUGUUGGCUAAUAUCCUUGAGACAUCAGUUAUUGUUGGAAUUGGUCUUUUAAAAAUUUAUAUUGGGUAUAGUUCAUAGAUGUCAAAACAUUAGUGUUUAUGUUUUGCACAAUUUUUUUAGAAAGCCAAUGGCUAGACAAUUGGGAAAUUAGAAUUAACUUUGGAAGACUUAUGCAAUGGAUAUCUAGAACUUGAGUGAGUUUAUUCUCAUUCUAGAACAGAUGCUUUGACUUUCUAUUUUGUUGAAUUAGUGGGGUUCUUUCUAGGGAUUUUUGUAUUUAUCUGUUGCUCUAUUCUGGAACUUAUAUUCUACAGGAGAGAGUCAAUUUGUAUUUUAAAACAAUUUUAAUUGCCUUCUAUAUUAGAUUGCUGUUGGAUGA